GGAGGGAAAGUAGAAAGAGAAGGAAACAACACUAAACUGAAAAACAGAACUGGAAGCACUCACUUCUUCUUCUUCUUCUUCAGAUUGAAUGUUGUCUUAAGAUAACAAAUAUUCUAACCUUGACCCACGAAGGAAAACGAUAAAAAGACACCCCAUUUCUUAAUUAGGCUCUGUUUGUUUCCAGUGAAAAUUCUUGGGAGGAAAAAAUGGCUACUCUCAGGGUACCAGAGGUUGUUCCUUCUCCAACCCAAGAUUGUGAGAAACUCAGAGAUGCCGUCCAAGGAUUGGGGACAGAUGAGAAAGCAAUUAUAUGGAUAUUAGGACAUAGAAAUGCAAGUCAAAGGAAGAAAAUCAGAGAGACAUAUCAGCAGCUUUACAAUGAAUCCCUCAUCGAUCGUCUCAACUCUGAGUUAUCUGGUGAUUUUAGAAAAGCGGUGAUCUUGUGGACCACUGACCCCCCAGAGAGGGAUGCAAAACUGGCAAAUGAAGCACUGAAAGCUAAUAAGAAAGGCAUGAAACAGCUGCAAGUGGUAGUUGAGAUAACAUGUGCAUCAUCUCCUAACCAUCUUCAGGAAGUAAGGCAAGCCUACUGCUCUAUUUUUGAUUGCUCACUUGAAGAAGAUAUUGUAUCUGCAGUCCCCUUGCCACUCAGAAAGAUUUUGGUGGCUGUAGCAAGCUCUUACAGGUAUGAUAAAGAACUGGUGGAUACAAAAGUCGCCAACGCAGAGGCAGCUAAAUUACAUGAAGUCAUCAAAUCAAAGAAAUUAGAUCAGGAUGACAUAAUACUUAUACUCAGCACUAGGAACUUUCAUCAACUAAGAGCAACUUUCGCAUGCUACAACCAGAACUUUGGAAAUUCCAUUGACCAGGACAUCAAGAGUUGUGGAAAGGGAGAUUUGGAAUCUCUUUUGAGAGUGGUAAUUAAGUGCAUAGACACCCCAGAGAAACACUUUGCAGAGGUCAUUGGAGAAGCCAUCAUUGGGUUCGGAACAGAUGAAGAUUCACUGACUAGAGCAAUAGUAGCGCGAGCUGAGAUCGAUACGAUGAAGAUCAGAGGGGAGUAUUUCAACAUCUUUAAAACCAACCUUGAUGGUGCAGUUACUGGUGAUACUUCAGGAGACUAUAAAGACUUCUUGAUGACCUUACUUGGUGCAAGAAUCUGAUUCACUCUCCGUACAUUUAUCUAUUUCUUAUACCAUUUGAGAUAUUUGGACUGUGUGCUUGCAUCAUUUAAAUAAAAUUUGUAUCAGACCUGCAUAUUGCCUGCUAAAACAUGACUUUGAGCUGUGAUUUAUUGGGUUUUA